GAAUAUCUGAAAAAUAAAAUAAUUAAAUUAGUGCAAAAUUAAUUAAUUUAUUAAAAUAAAAUAAAUUAGCAGUAUAAAAUUUAUAGUAAUUUUAUAGCACCAUCAUUGAAAAAAAAAAAACAAGUACAGCAUAAAAAUCAAAUAAAAACGCUUAUUCUUUCUCAUCUUCAGUUCUCGUCGCGGUUCUUCUUCACCUCACUCCACUCCAUUCUGUUUCUUUUUCUAGUUCUUACUCCCCAAAUCUUAUUCUACUGCAUUUGGGUGGUGGUGGUGGUAGUAGUAGUGGCGGUGGCGACGGAGGACGAUUGUUGGUAGAGAGAGAGAGUGUGAAUGGAGUACAGAAGAAUUAAGGAUCAGGAUAAAGAUGAGGAUUCAGUUCAUGAUGAUCUUGAGAGCUUAAGAGGGAAAUCCCAUUCAGGCCCUCCUAGUAAUUUGGUUGCUUUAGUAGGUGGCUCUGCGGACCAUACUAAGUGGAAGCGCAAGUCUGCGGUGACACUAGCAUUGACAGUUCUUACAAGUUCACAAGCAAUUCUUAUCGUCUGGUCAAAGAGGGCUGGCAAGUAUGAGUACAGUGUUACAACUGCUAAUUUUUUGGUAGAGACUUUGAAGUGUGCACUAUCACUUGCUGCAUUAGCGAGAAUCUGGAGGAAUGAAGGUGUUACUGAUGAUAACAGGUUGAGUACAACAUGGGAUGAAGUUAGUGUAUACCCCAUCCCUGCAGCUCUCUAUCUCGUCAAGAAUCUACUUCAGUAUUACAUCUUUGCAUACGUAGAUGCUCCAGGUUACCAGAUAUUAAAGAACUUUAACAUCAUCAGCACCGGUGUGCUAUACCGCAUAAUUCUCAAGAGAAAGUUGAACGAGAUUCAGUGGGCAGCUUUCGCUCUACUUUGUGCAGGGUGCACAACAGCACAACUUAACUCCAAUUCAGAUAAAGUGUUGCAGACGCCUUUGCAGGGUUGGAUGAUGGCAAUUGUCAUGGCUCUUCUUAGUGGUUUUGCUGGAGUUUACACUGAGGCUAUAAUUAAAAAACGACCUUCAAGGAACAUUAAUGUUCAGAACUUCUGGCUGUAUGUAUUUGGGAUGAUUUUCAAUGUCAUCGCAAUAGUCGUUCAAGAUUUUGAUGCUGUUACGAACAAGGGAUUCUUUCAUGGAUAUUCAUUCAUUACUGUUCUCAUGAUUCUGAACCAUGCUCUUAGUGGCAUUGCUGUAUCAAUGGUCAUGAAAUAUGCCGACAACAUAGUGAAGGUAUAUUCUACAUCAGUUGCAAUGUUGUUGACAGCAGUGGUGUCUGUCUUCCUGUUUGGAUUUCAUCUAUCCCUUGCCUUCUUUCUUGGUUCGACCGUUGUUUCGAUCUCAGUGUAUUUGCACUCAAUUGGGAAGGUUCAGAGAUAGUAGCUGCACCAUUGGCCUUAUUGAUGUGGUCAGUGUAAAGACCCUUAUAGAGCUGAGUUGAAAAUUGGGCAUAAUUGAUCAACCUGAAACUAUCUAAGUCCUAGACUUGGAUGGAAUCAUGGUUGCUUGGUAUUUACUAAAUUCCACACUCUUGGCUUGGCUUACUAGAUCCAGAUCAGGAAAGAUACUUGAUUCAAGGUGACUGCCAUUUGGGAAUGGAGAAUUUCUUCGUUAUACCAUCAUAUCCAUUAAUGUACUAAUUUAUUCUAUUUAUUUUUUUCAUAUUUAAUUUGUGAGGCUAUUAGAGUAAUUGUGAUAUUUUGUAACUAUUUUCUUCCAAUAAUUAAGGGAUUCCUUCUUUUUAAUUA